AUGCAGAAGAUGGCUGAAUGCAGGAGCGAGGAAUGCCCUGAGGACACGGCAUGUCAACGAAACCCUUGCAGUCUUCCAUCCAGAGUCUUGGAUAUCAGCAAGGACGGUGCUGGCAUCGAAAGGAUUGCAUUAGCAGUGGGCAAUUUUGAAGUAUAUGGAUCCGGCUCGGUCUCGUUUCCACGCCUAUCGUCUCUUUGGGCGGAGAGCACUCUCCUUGAAGGUGCUUACUCUCCUCUGGAACGUCGAGGCUGGGGUUUCCAAGAGCGCGCCUUUGCGACAUCCAUCAUCCACAUUGGCCAUGCCGGGCCCUUCUGGGAAUGCAAAUCUUACAGCGCACUACUCUGCGCCUCUAUGUCGGACAGAGAAAGUCUUCACCCUUUCCUGAAGUGCAUGGUUCCCCAAGAUUAUUUCGGUCAGCCAAAAUGUGCGUGGUAUAUUGCAGUGCAGUACUACACCAGGCGGCUGUUGACUUUCCAAGAAGACCGUUUUCCCGCCAUUGCUGGGUUUGCUUCGAAGUGUGAGGAGGAAGGACUCACGUCAGGAAGAUAUCUUGCUGGGCUGUGGGAGGACGACGUUCUGUUAGGCUUGACCUGGACGAAGGGGCAAAACCCCAAAGAUGAAGAGACUCGUGUGCCCGCCGUGUCAGAUCGAGCACCUUCUUGGAGCUGGGCAUCAAUUAACCGAGAAGUUAUUUGGGUGGUGGCGUACAGGUACCAAUUUCUGCUCCGAAAGAUUGCCUGA